UUACUGGAGGUACUGAGAAGUGAAGACCUAUCAACUAACACAGAAGCUUUUUUAUACUGUAUGGGGACUAUCAAAUUCAUUUCUGGAAAUCCAAGAUUUCUUAGUGAAAUGAUCAGCAAAGGUGCUGUGGAAAUAUUGAUGAAUUUGAUAAAGAAAAUGAAUGAGAACACCACGAAAUGUGGCCCAUGUUUGCCUAAUUCAGGCCACUUGUUAGUCCAGAUAACUGCUACAUUGAGAAACUUGGUUGAUUCAUCACUAGCAAGAAGUAAGUUCCUGAGUGUCAGUGCCCUUCCUCAGCUCUGCACAGUGAUGGAACAGUACAUGGGUGACAAGGACAUCUGUACCAAUAUUGCCAGAAUAUUCAGCAAACUAACUUCUUACCGUGACUGCUGUGCAGCCUUGGCCAACUACUCCAGAUGUUAUGCCUUGUUUUUGAAUCUGUUAAACAAGUAUGAGGAGAAGCAGGAUUUAGUCAUUCGUAUAGUUUUUAUUCUUGGCAACCUGACGGCAAAACACAACCAGGCUAGAGAACACUUUUCCAAAGAGAAAGGGAGCAUCCAGACACUGCUGUCAUUAUUCCAGACGUUCUACUGCCUCGAUCUGCACUCGCAGAGGCGGGGAUGUGCACGAGCCAAGCAGCCCACUGCACAGAGGCCCCCGUCAGAGGCUGAGGACGUGCUCAUCAAGCUGACCCGUGUGCUGGCCAAUGUAGCCAUUCACCCGCGCGUUGGCCCGGCCUUGGCCGCCAACCGGCAAGUUGUGAGCCUGCUGCUCACCACACUGGAAUACAAGUCACUUGAUGAUUGUGAGGAGCUGGUGAUCAAUGCUACAGCAACCAUCAACAAUUUGUCUUUCUACCAAGUGAAGAAUUCCAUCAUCCAAGACAAAAAGCUGUAUAUUGCUGAAUUGCUCUUAAAGCUCCUUGUGAGUAACAACAUGGAUGGAAUCCUGGAGGCUGUGCAUGUGUUUGGAAAUCUCUCCCAGGACCAUGACAUCUGUGAUUUCAUUGUGCAGAACAAUGUUCACAAGUUCAUGAUUGCCCUGCUAGACUCUAAGCAUCAGGACAUUUGUUUUUCUGCCUGUGGUGUUCUCUUAAACCUCACUGUGGAUAAAGACAAGCGUGUCAUCCUGAAAGAAGGAGGUGGCAUUAAAAAGUUAGUGGAUUGCUUAAGAGAUUUUGGUCCUACUGAUUGGCAGCUGGCCUGCUUGGUCUGCAAGACUUUGUGGAACUUCAGUGAAAAUAUCACAAAUGCUUCAUCGUGUUUUGGAGAUGAAGACACCAACACACUCUUAGCCCUGCUGCCAUCAUUUCUAGAUGAAGAACUAGCACUGGAUGGCAGUUCUGACCAAGACCUAAAAAACUAUCACAAACUCCAUUGGGAAACUGAAUUCAAACCUGUGGCACAGCAGCUUCUAAACCGAAUUCAGAGUCACCACACCUACAUGGAGCCCCUGCCUAUUCAUUCUUUCUAACACAAAUUAUCGACAGAAGUGGGAAGUCCUCCCUCAUUCUUAAGAAGUGGUAACAAGCAUGAAUGUUUUUUCAGUAUUUACAAAUAUUGCAAGUUUUUAAAAUACUGAUUUUAGCGAGUAGCCUAUUUUAAAAGAAAUAAGCAUUUCUUCUUUUUAGAUAUUAUGGAAAAGUGAAUAUAUGUUAUAUUUUCUGCUAUGAGAAGUGUAAGAUGAAAAUAUAUGCAUUUUUAAGUUAAAGACUUCACUCUAUUAUUUCUUAAAUUAGUACGAGUCUUAAAA